AUGUUCCCCCCCAUCGUCCUCCUCCUGCUCCUCGCCGGCGUCGCCGCGGCGGAGGAACUCCCCCCCUCGCUCCCCCCCGCGCGGCUUCUCCGCAGCGUCGCGAACGCCACGACGGGCCUGCGCACGGACACGUUCGUGAAACCUCUCGGACGGCUCGAGCCCGAGGAGGUGAUCAACACCCGCCCGUGGGGUCCCGCGGGCUCCUUGUUGCGGCCGGACACCCCCGAGAACGCGUCCAUCCUGAUCGUCGCCAUCGAGUUCGACCUCGUCAGCGGGGAGACGCGCGAGAGCCUGCCGCUGGACACGCUCUACAACCAUCACCUGGUCAUUCACACCAAAACGUCCAAAGGCGGCGCGUGGAAGCGCCCCUCCUCCUCUUCCUCCUCCGACGACGACGACGCGUCCUCGUCGCCCGCCGGUUCCGUGCUGUUCCGCGCCAUAAGCGGCGUCUCGUACGGCCUCGAAGGCAAGCGCGCGCUGUUCUCGCGCGGGCAGAGCGCGCCGCUGACGCCGUGCGAUACCGGGCUCGGCCUCGGCGGCGGCGGCGCGGAGUGGCGCGGCCGCCAACGCCGCGACCGCGCUUUGGAAACCGCCACGGGCGACGCGUUUUUACGAGGCGGCGGGAAAAUGUGGAUCGAGCCGCCGAACACGCGUUGGGGCGCGAACGUUCACGUCAUCGACCUGCGCUCCGUCGCGAGCGUCAGAGACGCGGUGCAGUGUAACUGCGAAGCGUACGCGAAGCGCGGGAACGACGGCGUGCCGCUCGUCCCGGUCGAUUUAGACGGCCGCCCGUCGAUCCUGAUGAAGGGAAGAGAGGGCGGCGGCGUCCAGUGCUGCGGCGACCGCGCGCUCGGUCCGCUUCUUCCCGGCGCGGACCCUCGCGGCCCGAAACGCGCGGUCUCGCUGCUGUACAACGUGACGUACCUCGUCAUGCCGACGGACGGCUCCGUCCCGGACGCGGUUCCCGAGCGGCACCGCGAGCUCGUGAAGCGCGUCCCGCUCGAGGCGACGCUGAUGGUCAGCUCCGCGGCGGACGUGGACGGCGCGGCGUGCUUUGGAGAGUUCAACGCGCGUCCGUGCGGCGGCGUCGACGGCGACGGGUCGCCGGAGGCGAUCGCGGCGGAGCGCGCGGCGUGGGACGCGCGCGCGGCGCGGCGCGGCGACAACGCGCCGGAGCCGCGGAACCAGACCUGCGACGUCGUCGUCGACGCGGAGACGGGCGAGGAGACGCGCGUCUCCGUCGCGUGGUCGCACCCGUUCACGCUGCCGGCGGGGACGGCGUACGACGUCUACAGCGCGGUCGGGCAUCAGCACGUCGGCGGCCGCAACGUGCGGCUUAUUAACGUCACGGACGGCGCGGAUAACGCCGUCGUGUGUCAGAGCGACGCGGCGUACGGCGACGCGCCGGGCGUCGUCGGCGACGAGGCUGGGUUUCUUGUCGACAUCGUCCCGUGCGUCUUCGACCCUCCCGCGCGUUUGAGCGCGGGCGAGUCGUACGUGCUUCGAUCGGAGUACGACGCCGUGGGCGUCGCGAGACGUCCGCGCGGUCCCGGAUUUCGCGGGCCGUACGAGGGCGUCAUGGGGUACAUGACGAUGGUGUUCACAAUCCCAGAGGGGUUCGACAUCGGGGUGUUCAGCGCGAGCGGCGACCGCGUGAUUCCGCCCGAGGAAGAGGAGGGCGCGGCGAGCGUUCGCACGUUGGAGAACGACGAGGACGACGAAGACGCCGCCGCCGGCUCCGGCGCGUGCGUCGUCGCGGCGAAAGCGGCGGCGGCGAACGCCACCGAUGAGGAAGCCACCCCGUGGACCUCGAUCCAGUUAUCCGAAGACGCGAACUUCACGAUGGCGUACAGGUUCGUGGACGACGAUGAGAACGUGCAGUUCCGCCUCCGUCGCGAGAAACCCGCCUGGGUCGCGCUCGGGAUUCAUCGCCCGGGCGGUGACCACAUGGCCGCGGCGGACUACGUCGUCGCGGAGAGCGCCGACGACGGCGAGACCUUCGCGGUGUACGAAGCCUACACGAUGGCGUACGCGAAGCCGACGCCGAAGCGCGACUUCCCCGACGGCGACGCGCGCGACUCCGGGUUGAACGCGACCGACUGCGCGGUCGUCGCUACAGACGACGGCGUCGUGGAGGUGACGUUCACGAGAGCGGCGACCGUGGCCGAGGGCGACCCGUACGGCGCGAACGUCUCGAGGGGCGUCGCGACGGAGGUGAUCUGGGCCGCGGGCGAGGACGGCGCCGGGUUCGAGAUGGACUACCACGGGCAGGUCCGCGGGCACCUCGAGGUGACGUUUUAA